CACAAAAUCACUCAACUGCACAUCCAUCACACACAGCGACCCGACUACAUCAAACCCUUACCGGGGACCACCGCUGCAUACAAGGUCGGCGUCAAGACUACCAUACCAGGCAAGCACGAAACGGCCAGCUGGUAACACGCUUGAUCCGCGAAAUUUUGUAAAACCCGGACCGCGACCAUCUCCCUACAGUUCCUCGUAUCCUAUACGCACCCGGUAUUCGGGACGACAAUUUUGCAGCCGCUUGCACUGCGUCAAGAUCGCUAGGUUUGUAUAGUGACUCUGUCUGUAUCGACUAGAGCCUUGUUCAGACCGCGCCGACCAUCAUCGGCGGAGCACUUGCCGAUCGAGGAGCAACCCAAGCGUUACUCUACCAGCAACGCGACUUCGUCCUCGGAACGACGCGCUGCAAGGCUACACUUGUACUCUACCACCAUCGCUUGGAUUACUUCAACAAAAGACUCAGGAGAUACUAGACCCUCAAGUCUGACUGCUCCGUCAUGUUUGUCCCUAUGCCCAUGUCGGCACCUGUUGUCGUACGGCCUGAACAUUUCUACAACAAAUAUGAAAAGCUGGAUGAUGCACUGCCUCAACAUCAAUUUGUUGCGAGUGAAGGCACGUAUCGUGCAACAGACGACAUUAAUCUCGCCUUCCCAGCGUCACACCCCUCGGAGCCUCUUCCAAAUCCUAAUCCACUGACACCAUAUGCUGCGCCAUGGAGUAAUGGCCUCAAAUUGAAGCUCGUUCGUAAGAGCAAUACAAAGGAAAAUGGUUCCAGUCCAUUUCCUGUGACGCUGCCUGUUGUGCGGACUCUGUCACAAGGAGAUAUGCCCAUCAUGGAUAAACUCACAAUGGAUGAAAACGGACAACAGACAAACGGCCAUGCGAUACAUGAUGAUGCAGCAAGCAGUAAUGGUGAUACAAACGGCGAUGCCUUGACACACAGUGUCACGACACAAAGCUCGCAUGCACAAGCCGGACUUGAUCAAACGCCACCCACGCUGUCGAGCAGUUUCGAUAUGAUUGGUUCGCCCAUGGAUCGCAUCAAUUCUCAAGCCGUGAGUCUCGGAGGAAGUUCUGUAUUUGAUGCUGCGUAUGGAUCUGGCAAGCGUAAGAAACGAACAGGCACGUCUGCUAAUGGUACCACAUCCACCUAUGUCUCUCGAGCAGUGACGGAUCCAGCACUCAACACGAGACUCUUGGAACCUAAUCGCGAAGAUGUACUAGUCCUGGGAAACAUGACUCGCUGUAUCUCCAUGUUUGAUAUUGGUGCCAAAGCAACGAUGAAGCAUGAGCCCUUAUCGAAACUCUUGUUUUCCCUUGCGCAAAUCACCUGCCAUGAUAUCAAUGCAGUCACGAAGACGCAACGAUCCAUGGAUGUUGUGAUUGGAACGAGCACGGGUGAUAUUUGCUGGUAUGAUCCGGUAUCGACUAAAUAUUUGAGGUUCAAUAAACAACGCUGUAUUGCUCCCGGCGCUGUGACUGCCAUUCAAUGGCUGCCAGGAUCAGAGUCACUCUUUAUGGCUACACACGCGAAUGGUUUGUUGGUGGUAUAUGACAAAGACCGCGAAGAUGUUGACUUUUAUGCGCAACUGGUUGCAGACAAUAUGAAUGUUGGUGAAGAUCCCGAUCGAAAUCCAGCAUUUCCCAUUUACAAAUCGUGCAAUGAUCUCAAAGCGCCCAAGACGAAUCCUGUCAGUUCGUUUGGCGUUUCAAGACAGGCAUGUACUGCGUUUGCCAUUUCGCCAGAUCAGACACACGUUGCCGUUACCUGCGAUGACGGAUGUCUCAAAGUGAUCAAUUUCAGAGACGAAAAGCUGCUCGAUGUGUAUUCAUCUUACUACGGCGGCUUGACGUGCGUUGCUUGGUCGCCUGAUGGACAGUAUAUCGUAACGGGCGGCAAGGACGACACAGUGACCAUCUGGUCGUUCCUGGAGUCGUGCAUCGUUGCGCGUUGUCAAGGUCAUUCUAGCUUCAUCACGGCCGUUGCCUUUGAUCAGUGGAAAUGCGACCAGUACAGCUACAGGAUUGGCAGUGUUGCUGAUGAUGGUAAUCUGUUGCUCUGGGACUUUGCCAUCGCCAGUCUACAUAAGCCUUCCAAUAAGGCUGCAAAAAAUCAGGCUCUACAGAUGCCGGACGAGGCUCAUCGCCCUCUCAUCACAACUUCGCAUGACCACAAAUCACGGACCAAAGUCGCGCACGGAACUGUCUUUCAUCUGGUAAGUUUUCUUGAGACCUGGUUUUGGGGUGCACAUGUCAGACGCAAAAUUGAAUCGGCCCGACAUUUAUCAGUUGGGUCCAAUCAAUGCGCCUUGUUGCGCACCAACUGGCCGCAAAAGGCCCGAACUAUGCUAACAUCUAUCUAGCCCGAGUCUCGUCUGUCGACUGCCAUCUUGUCACCCAUCACAGUGAAGAAGAUUGACGACCAGCCGCCGACCGAUCUCCUCUUCCAGGAGGACUAUUUGCUCAUUGCGACGCUUGGCAAGCGAUACGGUCGAAUUCGUAUUUGGCGCCGACCAGGGAAGUAGAAGCCUGUGCGCUCUGAUCCGUUGACACAUGUUCGCCGGUCGCGACUGUCAGUGGUGAUCCCUCAUCCCACGCAUUUUCAAUUUCUUGCCUAUGUCGUGGUCACCCUGGGUGUUUUUUGGUUGCCUAUAGACAGGGGUAUGUGAAUGGUAGCAGAUCAUUAGAUGGUAGGAUGUUGUACAAUAUGCUAGAUGAUAUACCAGGC